AUGCACGAUAUCGCCCACAAUCUGCACCAUGGCCCUCAGCCUGAGGUAGUUGUAAGGACCGGCGAUGAGUUCCUUGCUACAUCGCGGCAUCCAACAGACUCUGAAACACCACAGGUUGACUCUCAUCCUCUCCCUGAAGGAGGAUAUGGUUGGGUCUGUGUGGUAUGCACAUUCCUCAUGAAUGCUCACACAUGGGGUAUUAACAGCGCGUAUGGAGUUUUUCUAUCUUACUAUCUGUCCUCCAAUGUCUUUCCCGGAACAACAGCACUCGAGUAUGCAUUUGUCGGUGGCCUUAGUAUUUCUUGCGCCACGCUUGUAUCUCCUCUCGCUACUUACCUAGAUAGGAGGAUCUCCACUCAAUUAGUCCUCAGCAUUGGGACGGUUCUCGAGACCCUUUCGCUCAUCACCACGUCAUUUGUGACAAAGAAUUGGCAGCUCUUUCUCUCACAGGGGGUUUGUUUUGGGCUUGGAAUGGGCUUCUGUUUCUGUGGGUCCGUGGGAAUUGUCUCUCACUGGUUCACGAAACGACGCAGUCUAGUGAAUGGGAUUACAGCAGCUGGGUCCGGGACAGGGGGCCUGAUUUAUUCGCUUGCCGUUGGACACAUGAUCCCGACGGUAGGGUUUCCAUGGGCGAUGCGCAUUCUCGGUAUUAUAUCUUUCGUCGUCAAUCUGGCUUGCGCAAACCUCCUUCGGGUGCCUUUCUCUUCCCGGUCUAACAUGCGACAUACCCCCAUCUUUAGUAUGACGCUCCUUCGGCGACCAGACUAUCUUACCGUUCUACUUUGGGCUUUCCUCAGUGCCCUAGGAUACGUAGCGCUGUUAUUCAGCUUGUCAAGCUAUGCGGUCGCGGUUGGCUUCACACAUGACCAAGCUAGUCUUGCCAGCGCAUUGCUCAAUUUAGGGCAGGCAAUAGGACGUCCCAGUGUUGGGUUACUAAGUGAUUACCUUGGACGUAUCAAUGUGGCUUCUAGUGCUUCCACUCUGGCAGGCAUACUGUGCCUAGUUGUGUGGGUUUUUGCCGAGUCUCUCGUGGUGCUCUACUUCUUCGCCAUUGCCGUUGGAUUAUUCGCAGGUACGCUAUUUGCCGCUGCCGCGCCACUCGCUGCAGAGGUCGUGGGUAUUGAGGAUCUCUCUGCUGCCCUCGGCAUUCUGUGGUUGGUUAUUUGCCCUCCAACGGCUGUCGCGGAGGCAAUCGCUGUGCAACUUCGCGAGAAUGGGGCCACCCCUAAACCCUACCUUCGCGUCCAACUAUUUACUGGCAUCAUGUACUUGGGAGCCGGAGGUUGCCUGUUCAUGUUGAGAGUGCUACUGUACGGGUCCAAAUACCGAGGUGGUAAGGAGAAGGGAGCUCGCUAA